CGGAGCCGCGCAGGCGGUCGCCCACGUGACUGACCCGAGGCAGCUCGUGGUUCGUGUGGUCCCGGGACCAGUGAGCCGAGCUGAAGGGUUCCGAGGGAGAGCAUGUUCGGCCGCCUCACUCGCUGCACGUCCCAAGUGCGGGCUGGCGCUUUAUUCGGAGCUCUCAGGGUCCGGACGUGCGGCUCCGGUGAGGCCGAGCGGCGGGGAUCGGCGCCCGACGACCAUGGGGCCGGCCUGGCGCGCGGGGCUCUGAGGGAGUGGACGCUGCAGGUGAGCCCGUUUGGGCGGCUGAGGACGCGGCUCCCAUGCCACCUGGCCGUGAGGCUCCUGGAUCCCCUCGCGCACCCGGACGGCGACCGCGUGCAGGUGGCGGUGUGUGGCCGAGGGCGCGAGGUGCGCGGCCUGGACAGUCUGCAGGUCAAGUAUGACGCUGCUCGGCAGGAGAUGGCCAUUCUGUCAGACGACAUCGAUCCCCAGGCGUCGGUGGAGGUGAACACACCGGUCAAGUUUGAUUUGAACAUUGAGUCAUCAGGGACUGGCUCUGUGAAAGUGCACAAUAUAGAAUGUGAGAGCUGUGAGAUUAACACUGAGCAGGGGACCAGCGUCUUGCAGUCUGUGAAGAGUCAAAAGUUACGUGUUCAAACAAAAGGAGGCGAUGUGAUCUGUCUUGGAACAGUUUAUGGAAAUAUAGAUAUUCACGCAUCAGAUAAAAGUACUGUGAAUAUAGAUAAACUUCAGGGAAGUUGUGUUACUAUAUCUACGGAGAAUGGUUUGCUUCAAGCCAAGUAUCUUUAUACAGAGUCUUCAUUUCUGUCUUCUGCUGCUGGGGAUAUUGCAUUAGGAAAUGUUCAUGGAAAUAUCAUCUUACAAAGCAAGAUGGGUAACAUUACAGUGGAUUCGUCCUGUGGAUGUCUAAAAGCCUCCAGUCAUCAGGGUGCCAUAGAUGUGUAUGUCAGUCAACUGGGGGAAGUGGCACUGACCUCACAGGAAGGUUCUAUUGCUGUCAAGGCCCCAUCUUCUCUACGAGCUUAUUUAAAAUUAUCGGGGAAAGAGGUAGUUGUGGACAAAGAAGCUUAUGUUCAGGAAAUGGCCAAAGACUGUAAAGCUGAUGGUAUGACAGUUACAGGACUCCUGAAUGGAGCAAGCAAACAUGAGAAGUGGAUAAAUGCCGUUGCGCCCAAAGGCACUGUCAGCUUUCAACAUCAGAGCUGGUUCCAGUCCCUGAAACUGCCAGACUGAGAGUGCUUUUCAGGGCAUUUGAUGUUUGAGUAGACUAACAAGCAGAUGCCAGCGUUCAUACAAACGUCAAGGUGAAUGGUUUCAGGGGACUUCUGCAAAAUGUGUACUUAAUUCUGCUAUUCAUUUUCUAUUGCUCUGUUCCAAAUUAUAGAAGUCCCCAAGAUAUGUCUUAGGACCUCCAGUGAUACCUGAAACCACAAAUAGUAUCAACCCUGUACACUGGGGGUUUUGUUUUUAAUAUAAACACAUGUGACAGCUGAAUGCCUUUCUAUAUGCAGUUAUUUACUCUUGCCAAAGCCCUUACCACCAUUUUGUUGCAAUUUCCAAACUAGAUAAACAGUGUGUCCACCCUGACUGUAGGGUCUACAGCCUCAGCAGAUG